UAAAUGCAUGUUUCUUAUAUGUUUUCAUGCUCAAUAAGCCUAAUCGUUCAUUUGCCAUGGCAUUCACACACUAUAUCCUUGUAAUCUUCUUAAUUCAACUCUUUUUCUCUGCCUCUCAUGCAUCUCUCUCCUCCGAUGAAAUUUGCAACUUCACCCCUUAUCCUAACUUGUGCAAAACUUUACUCCCUCAAAACAAUUCUAUUGAUAUUUAUGACUCAGGAAGGCUCUCCAUUCAGCUUUCCCUUUCAACAGCCAGUCAGAUUCUUGACUUAAUUAAUGGUUUCCUCAAACCAAUUGGUCUAUUACUGCCUAAAAUCACCAUGUUUGCUUUCCAACAUUGCCAGUUCCUCCUUGGCCAAAACGUCGACCUAUUAUCGGAUGCUGCUGCUUUUACUAAGAAACCGAAUAAUUCUCUUGAGAAUACAGAAGCCGAUGAUGUUGAGACCUGGCUUAGCGCAACUAUUACCAAUAAACAAAGUUGUUUGGAUGGUCUUCUAGUAACGCCUUCUAAUUUACAGGUUGCAAACCUGAUUACACCCUUAAUUUCUAAAGGUAGCAUGAUGUGCAGUGUAUCACUUGCACUUUUUAAGAAGGGGUGGAAUCCUGGUUCUGGUUUAGGGAAUGUCGUAAGUUGGAGUAUGUUUAAAAUUAGACAAAAGGUGGUGGUGAAUCCAGAUGGAACUGGGAACUAUACUACUAUCUCAUGUCAGCCGGAUGGUGUGAUCUCUAUGGAUCUUGCCAAGAGCGAUCUUUUAAAUGAAGAGAUGAGAAGAAAAUCUCAGGUUCCUCUCAUCGAGAUGUCUUGGUGA